ACUUUUCCCUCACUUUAUACUUGCUCUUUUCUUUUCGACUUCAAAUUUCAAAUAAAAAACACUGUUCGAUACGCUCUUUUUCGAACAUUUCAUUCUUUAUAUGACAAGUAACUGAGUGAAAACAUUACACCAAAGAAUUUGAAAUGGGUGCCUCUGGAAAAUGGAUCAUAUGGUUCAUUAGUCGCAGAAAAAUUCAAACAACACGCGAUCCACAGAAGAUGGUAGCUGGAAAGAGUAGGAAAUGGAAGUUAUGGAAGAGUUCUUCGUCUGAGAAUGAGGUUCAGACGUCGUUGAAGGUUCCUACGACGAAAGUGGAAGAUCGGUUGUCUGUAUCAGUGGACUCUGAUUCUCCUUAUGUGGUUGCUUUGGCUACGGUUGUUCGAGCUUCUGCUAGAGAUUUUAUGGUGGUUAGACAGGAAUGGGCUUCUAUUCGCAUCCAAACUGCUUUUCGUGCUUUCUUGGCAAGACAGGCUUUAAGGGCCUUAAAAGCAUUGGUGAGGCUUCAGGCUAUAGUUCGGGGACGAUUAGUCAGGAAGCAAGCUGCUGUGACAUUGAAGUGCAUGCAGGCUCUUGUUCGAGUACAGGCUCGAGCCAGAGCUCGUGCUUGCUCAGAAAGCCAAGCUUCUGAGGAUGACCUCAAUGACAAUGGUUUUAUCAACCAGGGUGAAUGGUGUGAUAGCCCCGGAACAAUAGAGGAAAUGCAAGCUAAACUAAAGAUGAAGGAAGAAGGAGCAAUCAAGAGAGAAAGAGCACUUACUUACGCCAUCCAACAACAGCAACUGAGAAAGAAAGAAUUUGGCCUUAAUUCAAGAAAAAACAAGGUAGCCACGCCUAAAGUUAGCAAGAGCAGCUCCGGUUGGAACUGCUUAGAAGGUUGGAUGACCCCUGUUUCUAAGCACAAACAAGAUUACAGCGUUUGGCCUUGCUCCAAUUCUUCAGAAAGUGAUAGUGUCAAGAUCACCCGGAACAACAUAUCCACUCGGAUUUCUGCUAGACCUUGUAUAACUAGUCCAAUUAUUCGCUCAACUUCAGGGCCAUGCUCUGAACUGUUUUAUGAUGACAGUUCAACAUCAAAUUCAUCCGCAUCCACUUUUGGAACUCCGAGGUCCAGCAACUCGCAAUCAGAGCGUACUACUGCUAAACGAAACUACAUGAACCUCACGGAAUCAAUCAAGGCCAAACAACGAGCUUCCAACCAUUUGUCUCGCAAUGUGAAGGACCAUGCAACAGAGAAGCUCCAAUUGCGAAAGAAAUCAAGUCCGCUUUCAAAAAUGUUGGCUAGAAGAAGCAGUGAUUGUGAUAUGUACUCCGAUGAUAUGGAGGAUCUAUACCCUCCACUGAUAUAACAAUCGUUUCACAGAUUAUUACAUACUCUUUGGUUCUUCUCUUUCCGAGUUCAACAGCUUGUUGGCUAGCAAGUGAGGAUCCCAUUGUAAUUUUCAAAAUGCUAGACGUUUGUGAUUUCUCCUGUAAUUUUACGUUUU